AGUGCUCAGGAAUUCGAUCGUACAAAUAUUCGAGAAAUCCAAUAACAUAAUUAUACAUAUAUUUCCAUAGACCGCUAAAGUUCCAAGGUAUUUAACAUCUAGGAACUUCCUUCUCAGUGAGAAAUACCAUGGGGCUAUAUAACAAAGAAAGGUAAAGGUAAAAUUACAAAUCGGCGCACGUGUGCUCGCCUAGAUGCGAGGACAGCGUAAAGUCUAACAAAACGCUUCCGUGCUAGUGUUAUAUCUCAUUGUUAUCUGGAGAGUGGAUAUACGGAAGUAGUGCAUGCAAGCUGCUGAACUAGUAGGAAACUGGCUAGAUAUCCAGGUAAUAUCGAUUGCUUACCAACUAUAAUGCGCAUUGUAUUAGUAUGCCGCGGUCGGUAUGAUUCUUAACGAGUCAAAGGGCACAAGGUGAGCCAAAGGAAGAACAGAGAAGGUGGUUGAACCUUAGCCUUUCCUUUCGUGUAUUACCCUCUGAAGAAGAUGACGAUCACCGUAUCACGUACAAUAGCAAUGCUCUUUAUGUGCCAGCGUUCUAGGACCAAAGAUUCAAGAUUGAAACAUUUUCUUUUACAAAACUGACUUGGAAAACAUGAAAGAUUAUUGGCUAUUAAACUAUAGUCGAGAAAUUCAUCAUCAACACCGUUGUUAGUUUCGUUCUGGCAAAUAACUCGAAUAAAUCUCAACGACUAUUGACAACAUAAUGUCAUUCUCUCGACGAAAGAAUGCCAACCGGAAAUCCGUUCUUAGGAUAAUCGACUUUCAUUGUUUCCACGAAAGCCAUUUAAACUGCCUGCAAACCAGACUCCGAUAUUUCUUGAUACGCUUCGACGAUAUCGAGGAUGUAUUUUACGUAAUCAUCCUCGUACCAUCGCAUAACGACUACGAAUCAUUGUUAAUUUGAAGUUCAUUCGACGAAAGAGUCCACUAAUGGUAGACGUUCAAAAAUGUCACACUAAGAGAAAUAGAAUAUUUUUCAUUCGUCUGAAAAUAAAUUUCAACUGGACCUAAUAAAGUAAAUUACUCGUUGAAUAGAGAGAAAAAAUAUAUAAACAGAAAUUCUACGACUGCAGCCGAAUUUAAUUCCCUUAAAGACGAAGACUGAAAUUUAAACACGACGUUCUGAAUUGAUGGCGCAACAACGAUACAGCUCAAAAUUAUCUACAUAACUGUUUGAGUCAUUUUGCGUGCGAAUAUUUUACAAAUUCCCCAUCGUGACGAUGAGUAAACUGUCCCAGUCAUAUUAUUACAGGAAUUAACAAUUUUAUGAUAUACGCAAGAAUAUAAUCCUAUAUAUGUAUAUAUGAAUUUCAAAAGCUUUAUAUAGUACGAUGAGAGCCAUUAUUCGUUCAAACAACACUAAAAUGAUCAAGCUGGUAGUACUAAUUUCCUUUCUCGGUUCUUCUUGGACAUCUGACAUCUUUGAUUCAGACUAUUAUCGGAAAAGAAUAAGCCUGAAGUCAGUGGGACAAAGAAUUAUCGGAGGAGAGAAUGCUGUUAUAGAAGAAUAUCCAUUUGCAGUUUCCCUACAGAACAAUGUCACGAUUUUUGGUCACGAUGUCGAACAUUUUUGCGGCGGUAGUAUUAUCAGUGAUACGUGGAUAAUAACAUCGGCUCAGUGUGCUCUCAGUAUAAACGUUAGAGAAUAUCACAUUAGAGCGGGUAGCACGUAUUAUUAUGAAAACGGUACGACGUACAAUGUUGAAAGGAUCGUUGUCCAUCCUGCCUUCAGUUAUCAAAAUUAUGAUUUCGAUAUUGGACUUGUAAAGUUAAAAAGGAAGAUAGUGUUUGAUAAAUUUAAGCAACCAAUUAAAUUAUCUGAAAAAGAUCAGGUAAUCAAGAAUGGUACUGAAAUUACUGUCGUCGGUUGGGGAACAACACGGAAUCUUGGUCCAUACUCCAAGGACUUGAAAAAAACUAAUCUACAAAAAAUUAGUAACGAAGAGUGUACAUCGAAGUACGGAUAUCAAUUGACUAAUCGAAUGUUUUGUAUUAUCGCCAACGAUCGUAAACCUUGCAUAGGCGACUCCGGUGCUCCGGCUAUAAUAAAUAACACAUUAAUUGGUGUAGGAUCGUGGAGCGAAUCUUGUGGAUUUUCAUACCCAACUACGUAUGAGGAUCUAUCCUACAUGAUAGAUUGGAUUAAAGAAGAAACCGCAAUAUCUUAAUCGAGGACAAAUGUUCGAUUUCUUUAAAAUUUAUUUAAAUAUUGUAUGAUAUUCAUACCCGCGAUUAAUUGUAGUUUUUGAAUUACACAUAUACUUUAUUAUCUAAUAAAAGUAAAAAGAAAAAAAAAUGUAUAUU